AUGUUUGAUUACAACUUUUCAUAUGAUUUAAUUUUAAAUGAAACUCAAUAUUACGAUUAUGUACCAUAUUAUAAAAGAUUAGAAACAUAUAUUGUUCCAUUUGUUUUUGGAUUAAUUUUUUUUAUAGGAGCCAUUGGAAACGGUACAUUAAUAUUUAUUUUUAUUAAACAUAAAAGUAUGAGAAACGAACCCAAUAUUUAUAUAUUUAGUUUAGCUUUAGGAGAUUUACUCGUCAUACUUUUUUCCGUACCUUUUACCUCAACGAUUUACAUAUUUGAAAAUUGGCCUUAUGGUGAUAUCAUAUGUUUGCUGAAAGACUUGGCUGAUAUUCACAGUAUUCAAUGUGGACAAAUACUAGAAAAAAAUGAAUUUCAGUAUGGUGACAGAUUUCAACUUAGAAUUUUGUACUGUAAAAAACCAUUAAAUUGGCAGAUUCUCAUGAACGGUAACGAUCUGUCAAAAUCUCCUGAUUUUAUCUUGGAGGAAAACUUUUUGGCACAUGAAACAGCAGAUACAAUAAAAUCAAAUGUGCCUUCAUUAGUUAAUUGGAAACCCAAUAAUGUUAACUGCCUAUUAAAUAUAAUAAUUGAAUUGCUACAGUUGUAUAAAUCCUACCAGAUUAAAUUAUUAAAAUCAAAUUCAAGGCUGCAAAGGUAUUUAUUUGAAUAUGAAACACUGUCAUCCAUGUCUAACAUUCAGUCAAAAGACAUAGAAAUUUGUAUUCAAAGUACAAGCAGUUUAAAAAGAGCAACAAAGUUAGUUUAG